UGUUCGAGAGCAUCAAAUCCAUGAUGCAUUGUGGGUAAAUUGUGAUUGACUGGAUGAUCUACAAAUAUUAAUGAGUGGGUAUUUUUGAUGCAAAGUGAUUUGUAGAUCAGUCAGUCAGCUGUCGCUUGCAAUGUCGAACAAACUCAUUGACUUCUCCAAUCCCAAACCCCAGCAUGUGUCUGCUUGGUCUGUUUCGCAAGCGUUCCCGGUAGUCUCGCGAUGUUGCGCCUCUGGGUUUAGAAACUCUGUGCUACUGUUGUCUGACAGCUAGACGAGAACUGGCAUAGCUAGCUAGAUAUCUGAAAGGAAAUAAAGCAAUUCUCAACAUUGAUAGUUUCUAUAGAGGACUAUUUUAUACAUUGACAACCCCACAUAUCAGCUGUUAAAAUGAAAAAAGAAGGAACGCGCUGUUGGGCCUAACUGCUCUGAGCUGAGUCUGUUCCUCAUCAGUCCCUUGACACCUGACCCCCUGGACGGUGUAACCAUGACGACAGGGGAGUGUUGCCACCUCCCGGGCUCUCUGUGUGACUGCACUGGCAACGCUGCCCUGUCCAAAAGCGUGGAGGAGUCGGAUAACUGCAGAUCACAGUAUGUCACCCAGGUCACAGCUAAAGAUGGACGGCUGCUCUCCACUGUCAUCAAACCCGUGAGCACACAGAGCGAUGGGCCAAUCUGCCGGAUCUGCCAUGAGGGGGCCAACAGCGAGGGCCUCCUGUCCCCCUGCGACUGCACAGGGACUCUGGGCACAGUGCACAAGAGCUGCCUGGAGAAGUGGCUCUCCUCCUCCAACACCAGUUACUGUGAGCUGUGCCACACAGAGUUCACAAUUGAACGGAAGCCCAGGUCCCUCACAGAGUGGAUGCGGGACCCGGGCCCUCGGAACGAGAAGCGCACGUUGUUCUGUGACAUGCUGUGCUUCCUGUUCAUCACGCCCCUGGCAGCCAUCUCUGGCUGGCUGUGUCUGAGGGGAGCUCAGGACCACCUGCACUUCAACAGCAGACUGGAGGCCGUGGGCCUCAUCGCCCUCACCAUCGCCCUCUUCACCAUUUACGUCCUCUGGACUCUGGUAUCAUUCCGCUACCACUGUCAGCUCUACUCUGAGUGGAGACGAACCAACCAGAAAGUACGCCUGCUCCUUCCAGACGCGAAGGGUGGGCAUUCUAGCCAGCAUUCCUUGCUCUCCACGAAGCUGCUGAAAAAGACAGCUGACGAGACCAUAGUAUGAGGUCAAAGUUCUCCACCUCCGACUAUAAAAGUGAGGCAUGGAUCGUUGAUGCUGAUCUAAGGCGAUUCAUCCGGCAGUUGAUUCCCUAACCACUGAGUGCAGAAGUGAGAAGUUUUGACUCCGGUUCACCAGCCACAGGCUAUUCCACUGGGGAUUAUAUAUGCUCAUGCCAUUUUAAUACGCAAUUCAGUUGACUCCCUUCAAUUUACCUCCCAUCUGUUUUCCCCUUGGUGUGAGCAGGAAUGUUGUUCGUGAAGAUGGAGAUUGUGCAAUAAAACACAGUGGAUGCGGUUGUUCUCGCAGUAUGUGAGGAGACUGCUCCCAACACGCACAGUUUUGCAUGCAUGUGAUGCACUGUUUAUUUUUUGUUGGGGGGGGGGGGGUAUUGUUUUUUGUUUUUUUACAUUGGGGGAUUGAAAGAUCGGUUGGUCGAGCUUCCUUUGAUUUAGUGUUGCUAGUUUGUAUUUUGGUCAAGGUUUCCUCCCUGGGAGUAUAGAGGUCUCAUACUAUCAGCACUUAAUCAAAAAAAAUGUGCAAAUAGAUCUAUGUACAGUAGGUCUAGAUGCCACUGAUGAUGAAAAGCCUUUAUGGAAAUGUGUAUUCCACAAACAUGAAGUUCAAACUUUUUGUGGUUUAGGGAAAGUAAGGCUUACCUUUCCAGUAUCGCAUGGUCAAGGUCAGACUUACAGGAAAUCAACAGUACAUUGCUCUCCUAUGACGAGAUUCCAAUGAAAAGCUUUUAGUUGGUGUUUUUUUGUAUUGGUGUGUUUUCUUUUUUGUGUAGUCACGUAACAAUAGCUAGUAAUCACAUCCAGAAAGAGCGUAGAUUGGUUGGUUGAUGUUACUUUGGGUUUUGUGGAAGUUCCUAUUCCCUCCGAUAUGCAGUUGACCAGACUCUGACGCCUUACACUCAUACGUACCUACAGACUGUACCUUGACAGUAGAACCCAGUGUCUGGUUCUAGACUGUUAUGGGUUUUGUUGUUCUCCAUCUACCACAGCUUUAAAACAUAUGAGGUGACCUCUGGAUGAGAGGGAGAGAUGUGCAAAAACAGCAUAGGUCUUUGUGUGGGUCUUGUGCAUUUGAUUUCUUCCCUGUACACUGUAUGGUUCUUUCAGACGUCCCUCUGUCUUAGCGACGCUUCAUUUCCACAUAUUUCUAUAUGUAUUGUUAAUCAUAGUGUCCUUGGUUGACCAUACAAGUAUUGACCCUGAAUCUUAAAAGCUGUUAACAGGCCUAAAGAGAGGAGGAUUAAUGCAAAUAUCCUCCUCAGUAGGGGAAGCUCACGUUAUGGUGCACAGAAGCCAAAAACCUAGGCCUAGAUCUGUCACUCUUUUGUAUUUUCUAUGAUAGUUGAAUUUGUUUCAACCCCUUCAUAGCAAUCAUGCUCCUAUCUAUUGCUCAUCUGUAGGGGCAGGUUAAACUCUUCCGGGUUGAUCACCUGAAGGGCUUUGCGGUGGAACAGCUAUGCACUGGAAAGGUUUAUUUAUGCAGCUGUAAGAACCCUGGUUGUGGGAGUGGCAUUCUGAAAAUCAGAUUAAACUUGGGGGGGAAAAUGGUGAUCUACAGUAAACAAAGUAGGAAGUCAUCCUCCGCAUGACACUAGUCAGCCCAGUUCCGUGUAGUGUUCUGUUGGGAGACCCAUUCUGAAAAUAGAAAUGUUUUUGUUGUUGUGAAGUGGCGAUUGUCACUCUGAAGGAAUCCUCAUCUGGUGUUAAAGGGUAGAUAACAUUGUGCAAUAGUAAUACUAGAGCUUAGUAUGAGGUUAUUUUCCUGCGUGUGUGGUGGGGUGGAACCGUGUUGAAGAUCUUUCAGGGUGGAGAGAGUUCUUAUCUGUGUCGUCAGCGAUGGGCCACUGCCCGUGUCACAUGCUGUCUCUGAUUGGUGAGUUCGCCUCCAGCUGACGUGUUGGGAGCUAUGGAGACUUUGCAAUGUAGGGUGUAGUUACAGCAAGUGUGCAAUUUGAUCACUUUACAAUGCAAUUCUUACCUAUAACCUUAACAAUACGUAAUGAAAGCAGAAAUAUAAUGCAGAAGUAAGUGCAUGUGAAGGAUCAUAGCAGUUGGCUCACUUGUGCAGGCUGAGAAGGUCACGAUAGGAUGUUGGAUUUUUCUAUGCGAGUCUUGAGUUGCCUACAAUAUGCUCAGAGACAUUAAACUCCAGUGUUAUAACCGCUAAUUCAAACAGUUCCUUCUCUCCAAAGAAGCAUUGAUUCUUGUGUUUUAUACCAGUAUAUCAAACGGCACUUUCACAAAACUAUAAUUGAAAUGAAUACAGUGUGGUUGUUUAUAUCAUCUCCCAAUACAGACUUUGAAAGGGAUUUAAAAGUGUUACUGAUAUUGUACAAUUUUCCCAGUUUCUGGUGUUCGGAUAUUGCUCCUCUGAUUUCGUUUUUGAUUGGAAGAUGAAACCAAGGGUCCAGGGCAUUGUCAUGCUCGUUUGUAAAAGGAGCAACAUACCAGCUUUGUAGACUUGUUUUUGUUAAUGUUUUAAUCUCGUGUUCAUUUUACCACAGUUUUUAAUAUAUUCAUGUGUAUCAUUCGUAAUUUUGUUUCAAUUAUUCAUUAAGCACAGGAUUUGUAUCAAUCUUACACUAUAGUAUUUCAAAACAUGUUUAUGUUGUGCAAUGUAAAAAAGAAAGAUGUCUUCACCAAAUAUAUGUUGGCGCUUGCAAUCAGCCAAGAAAAGUGUGCAAAGCUAAUUUAAUAAUGAAGCAACAGAAUGGAUAAACA